CACAAAACACUCGAGAACUACACAAUAACUAGCUUCGACAACGCCGACGAAUUCAUCCGAAUAGCCAAGAAAUUACAAGAACAGCGAACGCGGCGACGAGAUGUCUGUAAAUUGUCCGAAAGUCUCUCAAGGCGAAGCCAUUCGAUCUCGACUGAUUCGUUCUCUCGGUAUUCAAACAUCAAAACCAGCACCUAGUAUAAGUUUGAAGCACAAGGAUAUCAUCCGGGAACAAAACCUUGUCGCACUUCGCCAUCAGCGUCCUGCGAAUAUCGAUGCCAAUGUGCUCAGCAACGCCGCGUCGAUUCGACGAUAUCUUAACGAUAGCGAAGAGCACGGGGUCCGGACACCGCUUUCGACGGGUCAAAAGCGACGCGUUCGUUUCAACAACGUUGUAACAGAGAAGCAAAUCGCUUCCCACAAAAAAUAUUCGGCUCGAAUAAAACGCACACUUUGGAGUGAUUCCGAAGAAAUCCAAGAAAACGCCUUCCGAAACCAACUCGAAUUCCAGGCCGAGGGAAUGAAUUGGGAAUCUGUCCUAGAAAAUGACGAAAUGUACUUGGACACAAAUACGGGAGAGCUGAUCCAUCCGUUCUGGGUGGAGAGCAAAGAUGCUCUGAGACUUUCUAGAGGAUAGAAAAUCAAAGACCCGAAGAAAAUGGAUAGAAUAUAGAAAGAUUAGAUAGAGAAUUCGAUAAUAAUAAGAAUACAUUACA